GCCAGGGAGAGAGAGAGAGAUGGGAAGGAGAGAGGGAGGGGAGGGGGGAGGCAGUGCAGCUCAGAUGGGUAAUGAGAGAGAAUACUGCAGCUCCCUCUCAAAUUCCACACAAACAUAUGCGCCCACACAUACACACACACACACACACACACUGGCAGCAUCGCGAGACCCACACACACUCUCACUCAGCAUCAUCACGGCUCUGCUCUGCUGCACCACAGAGAGAGGCAUGCACUCUCUCUCUCUCACUCUCUAACACACACACAUAUAGACACACGUGUGCUGCAGGAGAUCUGAGUGCCAGGUCGCUGAGCAUUCACCCUCUCUCUCUCUCUCUCUCGCUCUCUCGCUCUCUCUGCCCCUCCCGAUCCUGCGCACUCUCUCUCGGUUCACCUUGGCUACUGGGUGGUGUGGAGUUAUUGUUGCGUCAGAACCAGAGAGAUCCAGAGACAGCCAUGCCGGGGGAGAGCUCUCGAAGAUCUGUCCCCAAAGAAACACAUCCGGAGCUUGGAGCAGAGCAGACAGGCCUGCCUGAACCAGACAUGACCAGACAUGCCUCCACUGAUUCCACCCCUAGUGACAGCGGCUCUAGUCCCUCCCCCAGCACCCCUCAGAAGCUGCUGCCAUCAUGCACCUCUCCGUUCGGGCCACGGCUGGUUCGGGCCACACCUAGCUCCUCCGCGACCCCGCGACCCCAGCCUGAAGGUUCAGACCGUCGCCACAGUAACACGGUCCGACUUAGCGGGACGUUUGGAGGUCACGGACCCUGUGGACGCCGCAGCGGACCCGUGAAGAUGGAGAGAAUCAAGGUUCUGAUGGGCUCAGAGGUGGAGAGCGACCAUAAGGAGCCAGAGAACAUGGACACACGGGUGGUGAUGGGCCAGGAGGCCCUGCUCAAGACAAAGAAAACCCUGACAGGGAAGUGCCCAUGCGGGCAGAGCAGCCAGGCGAUACCCCUGCCUGGAGGCCCAGUCUUGGAGGUCCCUAAGCCUCCCUUAGAGCCCCAGGCCGAGGCUGGAGAAAAAGCCCAACUGGACACAGGGCAGGAGAGAGACAAUUCACCUCUGACCCCAAAGUUGGAGCAAGAGCAGGAGAGAAGCCCUGUCCUGCCCAUUAGCCCUCUCCUCACCCCCCUCAUCCCUGCCUCCCAUCCCUCCUCAGAGCCAAUCACAGUGGAUGUUAGCUUGAUGGGCAGCUUAAGCCCUUUGGAGGCAGGGCUGUCUCCCUAUGGUGAAAUGUCUUUUGUAUGUUCCAUGUAUGCCAUGCCCUCCCUGUCCGAGCCAGCCUAUCCCCCUGCUAUCCUGUCCUUCACUGAGCCGGCCUAUGCCGUGGACCCUCUGAGAGUGGGUGUUCCCUCGUCCCUGGAUCCUGACCUGUACUACACCGCCCCCUCCACCCCCAUCAAGAUGGCUGCUCGCCCCUUACACCUCAAACACCGCUCUUACCCCGGCUCACCAGCCUCUCCCCUCUCACCAAACUCGGACAGUGAGGACCUGUGCUCCCCCCUCACUUCCCCCUCUGGCUCCUACGUCACAGCGGAGGGGGGCAGCUGGACCUCUUCCACCUCCCCCUGCACCUCCCCCAAUCUUCUCCUGGCAGAGGAGGUGCAGGAGGCACCUGCAUGCUUUGUCAGCUCGCUGUCCGAAAUCGGAGACGAAGUGGGGGAGGAUAGGGGAGCAGUAGGGGAGAGGGCAGAGGAAAAGGGAGGAGGAGCAGCAGAGUGGCGGUUCUGCCUCUAUAAGGGUCUAGCAGAGACUGUGAUCCUGGAGGAGGAGGAGGUACUGAGAGGGGAGGUAAGGGGGAGAAGGAGCGAGGAAGUGACAGUCUCAAGGGGUAGCUGUCGCCCUCGCUGGGUGACAGAGGACACUUCCCCAUUGAGGAGCAGCAGCGGCAGAAGCACCGACUCCCAGGAAGAUGGAGGGGAGUCGGAGGGCUCUCUCUGCCCAGCAGAGGAUGCUCUGGCUGGGGGACAGCAGUACUUAAGUCCCCUGCUGCAAAGAGGCCUGGAGCUGGAGCUGCAGGCCUGUGUGUCUGAGGAGCUUUACCCUCCCAUUACCAACCCAGAUGAUGAUGGAGCAGACUCCCCACGGCUGACCUCCAUCUCCUUCCCCUUUGCCCCAGACAUGGGGAACCUAAGCCCUCACACCUCCAGCGUCAACCCUGCCUCCUCCAACCUUACCAUGGACACCUGCUCUCCAGAUGUGUCAGACGGGGAUAACUCCAGCCCUUACGGAGAAAUGGGUACCUUCCUGCUGUUCCCAGGCUCCUACAGUGAUGAUGGAGAGAUGGAGGAAGAGGAGAGUAUGAUCCCAGCCUCUCUGCUUAACUUCCCCCUCCACACCAGUCUCCUCUUUCAGGCAGACUCCAUGGAGAUCACUCUCUUCCCCACAGAGGAGGGGAAUGAGGGAGGAGAGGGAAACGACAGGAACGAUGUGGAUGCGUACGCGGCCGGAGAGGAGGAGGGGGACGUGGAGGAUGAUGAUGAAGAUGAUGAGGAAGAAGUGGAGGCUAAGGUAGAGAUAGAGGAGGCUAAAGUAGAAAUAGUUAUAGAGGAAGAGGUGGAUGAAGAGGAGGGUGAGGAUGUUGAGGAUGAGGAAGAGGAGGAGGAGGGUGAGGGUAAGGCUGUAAAUGACCCAGCUGAAGAGGACAACUCGGCCUCCUUCCUUCAUUCACUGUCAGAAACUUCCAUCAACGAAGGGCUGGAUGAGUCCUUCUGUUUCCAUGACGACACUGACGACUCACUAGACUCCGCCUCUUAUAAUGGCGAAGAGGAUGAGCGACUGUACAGCACAGAGAGACAUGCUGAACCACCCACAGGACCACCCACAGGAUCACCCACAGAACCACACCAAGCCAAACCUCAGCCUGAAACCAGACCAGAGGCCUACAGCACUGAACUGUCCCAGUCCCAGAGCAGACUUAGCCUACUCAAUCCCCCAGGUGACAAAGAGCCCCAGCCUGAGGAUCGUCCAGGACCUAGACCACCACAACCUGCACUUGCACCUGCCCAACCUGCGGAAUCAGCCCACCCGGAGUCCUCCAACAGCAGUAGUGGGAGUGAAAUGGAGAUCUCCUCAGAGUCCUCUGACCCUCCUGUCCCCGCUCCUUCUCAGGAGAGCCCUUAUGUCUCUACCCUUACCCCUAAACUUUCUACAACCCCUUACCCUGCCUUCACUACCCCAAAGACUACUCCUGCUACCGUGUCAACCCCUCAAACCAAGCCUGAAUCUCUCUCUAACCCCAACACUAACCGUGCUCCUGCCCCUAAUGCUAAAUCUGCUACUGUCUGUACCACUAACACUAACCCUGCUACAGCCUCAACCCCACAAAAUAAUUCUGCUACUUCCUCAACCUUCAAAACUAACCCUGCUACCGUAUGUACACCUGAAAUUAACCCUGCUACGGUCUCUACCCCUAACACUAACAGUGCUCCUGCCCCUAACGCUAAAUCUGCUACGGCCUGUACCACUAGCACUAACCCUGCUACAGCCUCAACCCCCAAAACUAAACCAGGUACAUGCUCUACCCCAAACCCCGCUGCUACUCCUAAAACUAACCCUGCUGCUACUCCUAACACUAACCCUGCUGCUACUCCUAACACUAACCCUGCUGCUACUCCUAAUACUAACCCUGCUGCUACUCCUAACACUAAGCCUGCUGCUACUCCUAACACUAAGCCUGCUGCUACUCCUAACACUAAGCCUGCUGCUACUCCUAAAACGAACACUGCUGCUACUCCUAACACUAACCCUGCUGCUACAAUCGAGGAGACAGCGUCCCACAGCAAUCCUGUCAUCCUGGCAACCCAGCCAUCCCAUAACAGCCCUGUGACCCUGGCAACAGGAGCAGGGCAAGCCAAAGCAGUUGCAGAGGAAGUACAGGCUGCUACGGUGAGAGAGGAGGACAAAAGGAGCAGUGCAAAGAGAGAGAAAGACAAACAGAGCGGUGGAGAUAGAGAGAAGGACAAACAGAGCAGUGGGGAGAGAAGGAAGGACAAACAGAGCAGUGGGGAGAGAAGGAAGGACAAACAGAGCGGUGGAGAUAGAGAGAAGGACAAACAGAGCAGUGGGGAGAGAGGGAAGGACAAACAGAGCAGUGGGGAGAGAAGGAAGGACAAACAGAGCGGUGGAGAUAGAGAGAAGGACAAACAGAGCAGUGGGGAAAGAGGGAAGAACAAACAGAGCGGUUGGGAGAGAGAGAAUAAUGAACAGAGCACAGAGACUUCAGACGAAGACCAAACAGAGCAGACAGACAGGGACUCGUACAAACUACUCAUUAAGCCACGCCCCUCUAAGUCAGACACACCCCGGCCUAAACAGAAGACCUCUGAGCCCCAUAAGCCGCUCCCACGUGUGUUUGGGGUGGCAGCAGCUUCAGUCCGGUCCAAACCACUUCUGGUGUCAGUGCUGGAACUGGACCAGAAGAACGCGAACAGCAGCGCUGAAGGUGUGGACUCCCCUCAGGUCCUUGAAGGGACCACUGCCACCAACGACCUGAACAAGGGGGUCCCUCUGCUCUCAUGCCCGAAAGAGCCUAACCCCAGCAACAUCCCUGUCUCCUCCUGCCCUGAGAGCUCACCUGACCUGGCUGACAACCUGUCCUUGACCCCUGACAUCUGCCCAUGUGACCCCGCCCAGGAGAACCUGAGGGAGAACACCCUGAGCACUGAGGACGGGGGCCCUGGGGCCCUGGGCUCCCCUCACACACCCCUGGCUGUCUCUCCCAAGAGGGAGAACUCAGAGACAGAUGCAGGGGGGAGGAGGGGGGAUGGGGGCUUGAGGGCUGAUAGGAGGGGGUUAGGAGCAGAGUCCGGGUCCUGGGGGGCAGGGGAGGCCCUAUCUCUCUCUCUGGGGCAGGGCUGUGGGUUGGAGGCACAGAGCCUAUUACUGUAUGAGGUGGAGGGACAUACAAUUGGACAGACAAUUGGACAGACACUCUCCGGGCUGCCCAAUGUCGGCACAGAUGAGGAUGAGGUGGGUGAUAUAAUGGGGGACGAAGAAGACAACAACAGCCUGUGUGGUCGGCCAGACAAGAUGGCAGAUGUCGAGCUUGUGGGAGAGGGAGUGCCAGAGUCCAACCUGUCCAGCUGGAGGUCCAUCGAGGAGAUAUCAGAGGCAGGGGGAGGAGAGGACGGAAGCUCCCAAUUCCCAGAGGAUGAUGUCAGCAACCUGCAGAGUCACCCGGAAAACAAGGAGGAGCAGGAAAACAACAACAAUGUCUCAGUGUUCCUAUCCUCUGGAAUGCCAACCUGUAUGACUCUGAAUGCCCUGUCAGAGGACGUGAGACACCAGAGCCAGAGUGUGUGUCUGAGGGCAUCUCUCUCAAACAUACCACUCACAGAGGUGAGAUCACAGGCUGCUGCAGCCUCCGAUAGGCCAUCACCAUCAACUGACAGCUCAACACACCAAUCAGACAUAAGACAACCUUCCUUGUCCAUGGAAAGCCCAAGGACUGUCUCAGACCAGAGCCCUGGUUCAGUAGAGGCAGCAAUUUCCAGACCCAACAGUAACACAGAUAUUAACCCAGCAGUCAAACAGGCAGACCCAGCUCUGUCUCUGCUGGGUGGGGCAUUUGGAUCCUUCAGCCAUAAAAUCAGACCAAGCAACUCCAAGUCAGGCAGACUGGCCCAAGAAACUUCCCGAUCACUGAAGAAAGACACAGUAGAGAAUGUCCAAGUCUCCCAAGAAACUUCUCUCUCAGUGGGCAAAGACACAGUAGAGAAGGUCCAAAUUCCCCAAGAAAUUUCCCCAUCAGUGAGCAAAGACACAGUAGAGAAGGUCCAAAUUUCCCAAGAAAUUUCCCCAUCAGUGAGCAAAGACACAGUAGAGAAGGUUCAAGUCUCCCAAGAAUCUUCCAUAUCAGUGGGCAAAGACACAGUAAAGAAGGUCCAAGUUUCCCAAAAUGUUUUCCAAUCAGUGGGCAAAGACACAGUAGAGAAGGUCCAAGUUUUUCACGAAACGUCCCCAUCAAUGAGCAAAGACAUAGUAGAGAAUGUCCAAGUCUUCCAAGAAACUUCCCUAUCAGUGGGCAAAGACACAGUAGAGAAAGUCCAAGUUUCAAAAGAAACUUCCCCAUCAGUGGGCAAAGACACAGUAGAGAAGGUUCAAGUUUCCCAAGAGACUUCCCCGUCAGUGGGCAAAGACACAGUUGAGAAGGUCCAAGUUUCCCAAAAAACAUCCCCAUCAGUGGGCAAAGACACGGUAGACAAGGUCCAAGUUUCCCAAAAAACAUCCCCAUCAGUGGGCAAAGACACAGUAGAGAAGGUCCAUGUUUCCCAAGAAACUUUCCCAUCAGUGAGAAAAGACACAUUAGAGAAGGUCCAAGUCUCCAAAGAAACUUCCCUGUCAGUUGGCAAAGACACAGUAGAGAAAGUCCAAGUUUCCCAAGAAACUUCCCCAUCAAUGGGCAAAUACACAGUAGAGAAGGUCCAGGUUUCGCAAGAAACUUCUGCAUCAGUGAGAAAAGACACAGUAGAGAAAGUCCAAGUUUCCCAAGAAACUUCCCCAUCAGUGAGCAAAGACACAUUAGAGAAGGUCCAAGUUUUCCAAAAAUCUUCCCUAUCAGUGGGUAAAGACACGAUAGCAAGUGUGAAAAAACUCUGUUCCCAGCCUCAGCCAGAGGAGACAAAGCCACAGACGGUGAGCCAAAAAGAAGGUGGUGGCGGUCAGAAGACUGACAGGCACAUUGACCAACCAAAGACGAGUGGGGCCUUAGAAGAACAGGAGAGCAGUGUUUGUAUCUCCGGGGAAAGAGAGGUGGAGGAGAUUGCAGAGGAGAGAUUCUCUCCAACAGAGAGUGUUCCAGAACCUGCACAGCGUCAGACACCCGAGGGAGAGCUGAGCACAGAGAAUGCCAUCACUCCUCCUCAGCCAGGGAGGAGAGGGAAGCAGAGCAGAAACAGACCCAGUCAGCCACGCAGACAAUCUCCGUCAGGCUCUGGGUCUGCUGAUCACCCACAGGAACCAGCUCUCACUGCCAAGACCCUAGAAGACACCUCCCCACCAGGGAAACAAAAGAAUAAGAAUAUGAGGGGACAAAAAUCUGCUGCAGAUACCAGACAGAGGACACCUGUGAAGGGCAAACCUGAGGCAGAGUCCGAGAGGAGAGGGGAAAACAGAAACAUCUCCAGAUACCCGACUCCCCCUAGUCCUACCAACCUCUGCCCUAUCUCUCCUGCUCUCCUACUCAACCAGGAAGUGAACAUGGAAGUGCACCAGGAAAUGCUUGACAACAGGCCGCUGCCUGGUUGCCAGACAGAAAGCAGGAAGGACAUCAAUGAUAACAAUGUGGGGAGUGGCCAUAUAUCUUCUUCUCCUCCACCUCUUCCCUCCUCCUCUCCUCCCCCUCUCUCCCCCUCCUCCUCUCCUCCUCCCAGUACCUUCACAGUGCAGCCAGAUGAGGACCUCCCCACCCCCAUACAGGAGUCCCAGCCUCUCCUCACCACAGUCCAGCCUGUCACCCCACUCCUAGACACCCAGCCUCAAUCAACCAAUCUUCAGGCAGCCUCCGCAACCCUUUCUACUACCCCUAUCGCCCUUCCUAAGCAUCCCCCUAUACCCACUGAAAGUGUCCGUAUGUCCCCUACCCCCUACUCAUUCUCAUCUCCACCCACGUCAGCCCUGCCCUCGACCCCCAGCCUUACCCAGCCCACCCAGGAGUCUUUGCCACGGCUGGAGGCUCCAACCACAGUGCCUGUCCUAGACAUCCGCUGCCAGGCCCAGCCGCAACCAAACCUCCUCACCAAGCCCAACAGACAGAUCAAGCCAGUUCAGUCACAAAGCCCACAGGACAGAGAUGGGAUGGACACAGACAGUGAUGAUGAUGACACUGCUGUUCCUCUACGACGUCACAUGACUCAGCCCAGGGGGAUUGUGGGAAACCCUUCUCAUAAAGAGUCUGGCUCCUCCAAUCAGCGAGAGAUACUGCUUCACUCCUCCCGCCAACCAACUGAGAGACAGAUAGACUGUCCAAUCAGCCACAAGGAUUCACAGGAGCUGGAACUGUCCUUCAAAUACAACUUGGGCUCCUGCAAUGAGUCGGAGAGUGAGGGAUCAGUGCCAGAGUUGGAAGAACCAGAGGGGGUGCCACUGAGAUCCUCAGAACCCCAGCCCAUCUCUCCUGCUGAUGAGGGGAUUAACAGACCUAAGCAGAGCCGCAGUGAGAAGAAGGCCCGCAAGGCCAUGGGUAAGCUGGGCUUGCGGCCCGUCCACGGUGUGACCAGGAUCACUAUAAGGAAGUCGAAGAGCAUCUUGUUUGUCAUCAGCAGACCUGACGUCUUCAAGAGCCCCGCGUCAGACAUCUACAUCGUGUUUGGAGAGGCCAAGAUAGAGGACCUGUCUCAACAGGUGCACAAGGCAGCGGCAGAGAAGUUUAAGGUCCCGGUGGAGGCCUCCCCCCUGGCGCCACCUGCACCACCCAGCCUCACCAUCAAGGAGGAGAGCGAGGAGGAGGAGGUGGACGAGGGAGGUUUGGAGCAGAGGGAUAUAGAGCUGGUGAUGGCCCAGGCUAACGUGUCCCGUUCUAAAGCUGUCCACGCCCUCAGACACAACACCAACGAUAUCGUUAACGCCAUCAUGGAGCUGACCAUGUGAGAGGACCCCCCCAAAGCAUAAAUGCCAGUGUCACAUCUGUAUCGCUGCUAUGUUGCAUUCUCCUUACCUGCUAAUAAACAGUCUGUUAUAACCACA